GGUAAUCAUAGACACUCGUAAAGUUUACUUUAGUGUAGAAAGUUAACUUCACUGUUUCACAUGUGCUACACACAUAUAAUUAUCAAAUUAUCUCGUGCUCUUAAAUAACAUCAGUGUUAAAGAUGGGAUGUAGUGACAUCAAAGCAAGCAGAAUUUUCUAUAUUUGUUGGGGAAUCAUUGAGAUCCUACUGUGCGGCUUCAUCUUGGGAUGGCCAUCACUUUCUUAUGUUUUCAAGAAGGAAGGAUAUUUCAACAGCGGAUGUAAAAACAGAACAAUAUCAGAUACUGAUAACACAACCGUGUCAGUGUCUCGUGCAUGUGUCUCUCAAGAUGAGGAACUCAACUUGGUGUUCACUGUGUCUGUUGCUAUUGUUGGUGUUCUGCAACUUGUAAAUGGAAUACUCCUUGAUAGAUGGGGAACAGCCCUUUGUAGGGCCAUUGGCAUAUUCUCUUUCGUUGCGGGAGCUGCAAUAGUGGUGCUAUCAAAUCCAGGUGUAUCCCUGGUGUUGUUUCCAGCUACAGUGCUGAUGUUGUAUGGAGGUUAUCUCAUUCUACUUACAACGUUCCAACUGGGAAACCUUGUCACCUCAGCCAGAGGCACAGUCAUCUGUGUCAUUAGUGGGGCCUUCACAAGCCCUGUCUUAGCCUUUCUUGUUCAGGUGGCCAGUGAUAAUGGAGUCUCUGUCAACAUCUCAUUUACUUUCGUUGGUGCCUCCUUCAUCAUUGUCAUCAUCAGUACCAUAUUCUGGAUGCCCAGGAAGAUUAUCCCGUGGCCAUGCCCUGAUGACAUCCAGCUGUUCAUUUGUAAUAAGCAGGGUCAAGCGAGGUCAAGGUCAUCGAAGGAUGAUCUCUAUGAGGUAACACUAGACACAAAAGAUGAGAAAACAGUCGACUGUCAAUCCAAUGAGAGUUAUAUUAUCAAAAAUGGAAAUACAGAUGUUGAGUCAAGAAUAUAUAACACGUCUAUUGAUGGGGUGAAUCCAGCAGGUACAAAUAUUGGAAAUGGUAAUAUUCCACCAGGAUACAUCAACAGGGCAUAUACAGAUGAUGAACUCAACGAAGCAAUAUACGCAAAGAAAUCUUUAUCUUUGAGUGACAACCACAAACAAGUGGAAGACAGAGCUGAAAAUCAAGAAAAGGACAUUAAUGGUGAAAUCAAAAGACCCAAAAUUAAUUCCAAUCAACAUUUUGCAACACAUCGAACAGAGAACACCCAAGAUGAAAAGAUUAAAAGCCUGAAUGAUGAUAGUGUAUGUCUAGAAGAGAACAUCGAAACUGUGAAUAUUGAGAAAGUGGCUAAUAACAAUGAAGACCAUUCAGUGACAUAUUACUUCAAGACUCCUUUGUACAUUUUUCACCUAAUCUGGUUCUCUACAGCACAUCUUAGGGUUCUCUUUUUCCUGGGGAAUUUUAAUGCCUGGAUCACUUUCAUCAGUCAGGGAAAUGCCAAAGCAGUGACUUUAUAUACAAGCACAUUUUCCAUCGUAGUCCUAACAGCUGUAGCUCUGUCUCCAUUAGUAGGCACGCUAACAGACCGCAAGACAACUGCUCCUGUUGGCACAGAAUUAUACAGAAUAGAAAAGCUGUCGAAGUUUGUGCUUGUGAUUUUCCUACACAAUGCUAUUGGAGUGUUACAGAGUCUUUUGGCUGCCAUUCCUGUGUUAGAAAUACAGUUCCUUACAUUUGCAGUAUUCAACUUCUACAGGGUGUUCACCUAUGGGCCAGCAUUUGGAUUUAUAGCAAAUGCUUUUCCAGGAAGACAUUUUGGCAAACUGACUGGUCUUCUCAAUGCUAUUGCCUUCAUAUGUAGUCUACUACAAUACCCAUUCUUCUUGCUGGCAAAUGGAGGGGCUGUAAGGGGGGCUAACUCACCAUGGGCACACACAGUGUUAGGUGUCCUCACUCUGCUGACCUGUGUUCAUCCCAUCUACCUAAUGUAUUACUGUAGGAAACAGACCCAACUCUUGGCUCAAUCUGAUAACCAUGUGGAUGACAAGCAGGGCCAUAAGGAUUAUCACACAUUCUAGUCAAAACGGAUUUAUGGACAUUGCCCAAUUAUUUAUGAGCUCUAUCAUGUCAUUUUGAAUUUUUUCAUUUUUGUUGAUUAGUUAAUAACAUUAGCUAACCAAAUUAGCCGAUGAUUAAAUCGUAGAUCUCAGAGAGUAGAAAAUUGGUGCCAAGUUUGGUGUGGCAAAAUCAUCCAGCUUUCCAUCCUGAGACCAAUGAUUCAUCAUCGGUAUAAUUGUUUAUAUUCUUU